UAGACGCAUAAAAUGCCGUUACAUCAGCUUUUAAUGUCCGAUUACAUGAUCAGAAAUUGGCCGUCAGCUGUUUCAUAGAAACGUCACCUGGUCGUUUCGAAACAAACACAUCUGCACGUGGUAUUAUGUAUUUUCAGACGUUUAGGACAAUACUUCCAGCCCUUUCAACCAGCGCGCCCACACAAAGGGACCAAGAGGAGUGUCUUCGUUUUCGGGGAGUGUUUGGUUUUCUUCUUUCAUAACAGCUCUCCUAUAUAUGAAAGGAUCCACAACACUGUCGGUUCAUAGGAGCUGAGGACACCUGCCGGAUUCCAAUCACGACAAAAUGAUUUUCCUUGCGGGAGUGUUUGUGUUGCUUCUUUCCGUGACAACAGAGGCCAGAGUCGGUAAUUCAAGCGAAUCCAGCUUCUGCACAGAAACAAAAGAAUGCCUACUGUACAAUUUGGUUUGCGAAGGAGAUGAUUAUGAGGUACGGCACUAUGAGCCAUUCAAAGUAGUGACUGCAGAGGCAGAAUCCUACUUUAUGGAAAUUGCGACUUCCAGGGCCUUCAUGAAACUAUUUAGGUACAUCACGGGGCAAAAUGUGGCAGGUGCUAAAAUUGACAUGACAGCUCCCGUCAUCAUUAAAACAAAAGAAAACAGGAGGAUGUGGGGAUCUUCAGUUUACGCGGUCAGUUUCGUGCUGCCCUCUGACUAUCAGACAAACCCACCUGCACCCACGGACGAGAGUAUAUACUUCGCAGACAUGCCUGACAUGCAUGUGUAUGUUCGAAGCUAUGGGGGCUGGAUGAUGGACAUGACGGCCAGAAUACAGUCUAACCUUCUGAAACGACAACUGAACAGCAUCCAGGCCUCCUAUGAUACAGAGUACCACUUUGAUGUGGGCUAUAACAGCCCAAUGAAGAUGACGGACAGACACAAUGAGGUGUGGUACAUGGUUGAGGGAGAACCUGUGUGCCCUGCAUCAGAGUAAUUUCCCAAAGAAACUCCUUGACUCUCCUGGAGAAACUCUUGUAAGUGGCGAAGAUGUGGAGGGAGCAAUGUUGGGGAAGGAAAAGAAGAGGAGAGAGAAGCGUUACUGUUUUCUGCUGUCUUGUCUUUUAUUUUGAUACAGCGAUCAGUUGCUCUUCAGAGAGAUUUGUAACUCUAUCUACUGAAUGGAGGUGUGUUAGGAUGUAGGUCUGGGAACCUGUACUGGCCUUCUGACUGUGAAUGGGAGAAGGUUGAAUUCAAAUGUGCCUGUUAUGAAUGAUCAUGCAUUGUCUAGUCCUCAGAGAUUGUGUUUCCCUUGGGCAUUCCAAAUCAAUCCAUGUUUUGUUUGUUUUUUAAAUUAGUAACAAUAAAGACAUUUUUUUCAUCA